CUGACGGUCAGAGGGGAGGCCUCUUUGCUUCUUGCUACAUCAAAAACUUUACCACUGUGCACAUACAUUGUGGCCUCCUCUAGUGUGACAAUGGAGCCAUCAGGAAGCACUACGAUAUCAUCAUCAAGCAACCACACCCUGAACUCAACAGGUGGCAACUGUCCAUGGGAGGUUAGCGACAAGGCCAGACUGUGCCGCUUCCUCUGCUAUGGCUCUGAGGGAGACAUAUACACUGCCAGAGAGGAGGGUCGUGCCAGCAUGGAUAGUGCAGGAGCUCUGCUGUCCCUCCUGCAGGAGGGCAGAGGUGCUGAGGUGGUGGAGGAGAUAAAAAGGUUCUCUCAGGAUGGGAGAGCAGUCAGUCUCGGCCCUUCCUUUUUUGCUUUGGCUGUGUGCUCCCAGCACUCGGAGCUGAAGACCAGACAGGCAGCAUUCAAAGCCCUGAAGGAAGUUUGUCGGGACCCCGCCCACCUGUUUUCUUUCAUCCAGAACAAGAAGGAGUUGAAAGAGGGUAUGAAGUGUGGUAUUUGGGGACGCGCCCUGAGGAAAGCAGUGUCUGACUGGUACAAUGAGCAAGAUGCCAUGAGUCUGGCUGUGGCUGUGACCAAAUGUAAACAGAGAGAGGGUUGGUCACAUCAGGAUCUGCUUAGGCUCUCUCACACUAAACCAGCUAAUGAAGCUAUUGCCUUGAUCAGUAAAUAUGUAACAAAAGGAUGGAAGGAAGUCCAGCUUGCUUAUUCUGACAAAGAGAAGUCAGAAGAGGUCGGCAAAGUGCUUUCGUAUCUUGAAAUGGUGGAGAAGGUCAAGCACAGUUGUGAUGAAACAGAGGUCAUCAAUUUAAUAGAGGAACACAAGCUGGAGAGGGAACAGCUGCUGACAGAUCACCUGAAGUCCAAACAGGUAUGGAGAGCUUUGUUGAAGGAAAUGCCUCUCCAAUCAUUGCUAAGGAUCUUGGGUAGGAUGACGUCAAACAAAAUUCUUGAACCAGGAAGCUCAGAAACACAAGCUGUAUGUGACAGAAUCCAGAGUGAGACGGCACUCACGAAGGCAAAGAUCCAACCUUUCAGCAUACUCUUGUCCUCUGAAAACUACAAAAGAGGCCAAGGCUAUCAGGGUAAAACAAAAUGGGAACCAGACAGCAGCAUCCUCAAAGCAAUGGACUCUGCCUUUUACAAGAGUUUUAUGAACGUGGAGCCUGUGGGUAAACGCUUCGUAGUGGCAGUAGAUGUGGGCACAUCACUGAGCAGCAUUGUCCCAGGGACGUCAGUCAGCACGGCUGUCGCUGCUGCAGCUAUUACCAUGAUUUUUGCAAGGACAGAGCCAGACACACAAGUGCUGGCCUACUCUGAAGGAGCUUUGGUUCCCUGCACCAUCUCUGCUGACAUGACUCUCCCACAAGCAACAUUUGAACUGGUUAAGAUCCCAGGUGGAAACACAGACUGUACCCUCCCCAUCACAUGGGCCAUAGAGAACGGGAAAGCUGUAGAUGUGUUCAUCAUUCUGACCAACAACCCAUUGUGGACGUUUACAGCCAGCCCGGUGGAGUCUCUAAAGACGCAUAGACAAAAAACGGGAGCCCAUUCCAAGUUGGUCAUGUGUGGACUGACCUCCAUUGGACACACCAUCGCAGACACAGAAGACAGGGGUUUACUGAGCAUCUGUGGCUUUGACCUCGGAGCUUUGAGUGUCAUUCGUAACCUAGCCCAGGAUCUGAUUUGAUUAAGUAUUGGGACAAUCUCUCAAUCGUGACUUAGAGCACAAAAGGAAGGCACAAAGUGUACCAAGGCGGCUCACUUAGCAUUUAGAGUGCCCUAAAACAGCACUUAUCCAAAAGAUGUUGACAUUUACAAUUCCAAUUUCUCUUUUUGUAUUAUGUCGCUUACGAGUCAAUUGACAAAGUGUCCAGCGGGCUGGACAACACUAAAGAACUGUUAUGUGCAUAUAUUUUUUUUUCUAAAAUUGGAAGUGAUAAGACAUGAUGUGCCAGUGCAUGUCAUGCUGUCAAGAGUUUAAGUGCAAACAGCACUCAGUAUGUUAAGUGCUUUGAUGGCUCUUGGUGAGACGGUAACCCAAUGAACAAUAAAUUCCAGUCAAUUAUAGGAAGAAGUUGUCAGAUUAAAUAAGAGGAACAGUGUAAGAGUAAGAAUGUUUGAGGCUUAGUGCAACUGUAGGUUUAUUUUAAGGGGAUUUACUGUCGUUUUUGUAUGUAUCUAUAGUAUGAUUUUAGCAAGUUUGAUAUGAUGGUAGAAGCAUUUUAAAUUUGAAAGCCUGUCUCCGUCUCAUGUAGCAUUAUUAUAAAUAAGUAACAGAUAUACUGUAAAAGAGAGAAGUUGAAGCAAAGCACCAAACGUGAACUGAAGUGUGUCUGUUGGUUUUUCAAAUUCUUUGAUUUCUUUGGUCACAAGUUUUUUUUUUUUGUUUUUUGUUUUUUUUUGAGUGAUAUUAAUGUGUAGGAUUCCAUUUACACAACUCUUGCCUUUAGCCUAGAUACCAUUUUUAGUUGUUUUAACAUUUGUUUUCCCCUAAGCCAAUUAUAUUUAAAACUGUUCUGCUGUUGUCGAUUUAUCCUAUAAAAAAAAAACCCUUGGUGCUCUUAAAUGUGAUGAUACAUUUUGGGGGGGAUUUUUUGGCGGAUUUUUUCUUUGGUGACACAAUAAUGCCAAUGUUUGGGACUGUAAGUCAGUUUACUGUAAAUUGGAGAAAUUGACUUAUUCUUAUAUUUUACUCUGAAUUCUAUGCAUCACAAUUUUGAGUUCACUGUCUUAUUAUGUCCAGGAAGGACAAAUUAUAGCUAUUUAACAACUGUUUACUAAGACUGAAUCUGCUAGCACUGUAAUACUUCUGUAUUUUUGAUGUAAGAAUGUCUGUUAUGCAAAAACUCACAGAUAAUUGCGACCUUCCUGGAAUAAAACAAAUUGAAUGUACUUUUGUAAAACCUGUUACUGUAGAGAUUUAAAUUACAAUGCUUGAUAUUUCUUCAAACAAUAAAUACACACUGCUGCUUACAGUGUAUAAGCUUUAGGGGCCAAUUAAUUUGGGGGGCAAGCAAACAACUACAGAGGUGUUUCCUGUUUAAGUCAACAGUAAAUUGACUAGUAUUGAAAUUGAAUAGUACUGAAAGCAUUCACUAAACUUGCCACUCAACUCUGUUGUAAUUCACUUUCUGUAGAGGAAUAAAUUCCUGACCAUGUUACUGUGAAGGAUGUUUGUCCACACAUGCCGAUACUGUCGUUUUCAGUGGUUAGACAAUGUCCUCUGUUCGGCCAAAAUGCUAUAAAGCUAAAAUAUGAUUGUUGUUAUGUUUGUAGUUGAAAGUCUGACACGAGAUAGUUGUAUGAGUUAUGUUAGCUCACAGUGUUUCACCACCAUGAUUAACUUCUUUUUCAUCAUAUUGUCUGUUGCAUCCAUUGUGCUUAACAUGUGAGUACAUGACUGUAGUGGCAGUGUAAACCCCUAAUAAACACUUUGCUGCUCUUGAAA